UCCUCGCAACGCAAUUGACCAAUCAAUUCACACCGUCUCCUCAAAAAUUGAGAAACUAUUCACGCUUUCUAAUUAGCCAUCCGUGAAAUAAUACUGACAGUUUGAGUAGAGCUCCGCCCCUAUCCGAGAUUUAAACGUUACAGAUCAGUGAGACAGGGACACUCGAAAUGCACGAUGGCUCAGUACAGAACACAACUGUGUCCCCAGGACUCCUACGAACCAUUCCAAGAUUAUCUGGGUUUCAGUGACAUAGCAUGGAACAAGGAUCUGGUCUCUAAUCUCACACACCUCAUGACUUGUUCGCCAUCGUUCCAUGACGACAACAGCAGUGAUGGCGAAUUUUUUGGUUCCAACUUUUCGACUAGCCCGUGUGUCGGUCCGUGCAGUGACGGGUUUUUUGCACCCUAUGACCCCCUGGACGUUAUUCGGAGGGACUCUCUGGAGGACUUCAGACAUAACGGACGGGACGUCGAACUGGACGAACUCGAUAGCUACCAGGUAGAACUUCGGAGACACUCGUCCAUUUCCGUUCAGUCAGAAUCCAACCCGGUGGUUCUCGAAGUGUUGGCAUUCAAAGAACGGAAACGAGCUGCCAAAAAAGCCAAGCAAAAGAAAUUGUGCGUUUUCUGUAAAAACAACGGAGAAACUGUUGCCAUCUACUCAAGCCAUGUGUUGAAGGAUGAAGAAGGGCGGGUCUGCUGCCCUAUCCUCCGUAAGUACACGUGCCCUCUCUGUGGGGUCUCUGGGGACAACGCCCACACGAUCCGCUAUUGUCCGAAAAAUGAUGGUGAACUUUCCGCACCCAGCCUCACGAACCUCCAUACAAGACGCUUGACAAAUGGAAAACGGCGCCGAGGGAGCGACAGUGAAAGCAGCAACUGAAAAAAAACCCCACCAAAAGCAGCCGCGCAACAUCGCAAUCUCGCAACUAUAUCUCGAUAUUAAAGACCUUUUGCUCUAUUCCUUAAAGUCGUAUACUGUGGACUGUGAUUUCUGACUCUGACCAAAUUUUUAUAGAGAUCCUUGAUGACCAUACAAUGUUUUAAUUAGUUGUGACUUUUAUUCAACAAAAGUUGUAUCUUAGAUUUUGAUAAGAUUUUUUAUGUUAAUUUUGAUUUUAAUCUUUACGUAUCCCAGUUAUUGAGAUGGUGCUGAAAAAAAAUUGUACAGUAAAUGAAGUUAUGAUUUUAGAUGAAUAUAUUUAUAAUAAUCAAUUUUUAAUUAAUGAUUUACUUAAUUGUAGUCAUUCGCUGAUUUUGUACAGAUUAGUUUUAGAAUUUAUUAACAUUUGUUUAGUGCUUUAACCCCACAGAUGUUUCCAUGUAAAUAAAUUGUUAUCACAGUU